AUUACUCCCUCUAUUUCAGCAAAAGAUUCUUGUAAUCCACCAUGCCACGUGGCAACAACCUCCACCAAACUCUUUAAUAGCCAUGGCCUGCUGCCAGCCACCCUCCAUAAAACGGAGGGAAAGAUAAUCAAUCCAUUGGAACGAGAAAAAAAAGAGAGCGUUUUUACGGGUGGCCGAAUUUAUCAAUCUAUUUGGUCAAUCAACAAGUGUUGUUUUUUUUUGUUUCUUUCCUUUUUCUUUUUCUUUUUUUAUUUUUUGAAGGAAAAGACAUUGAGUAUUUCUCAUUUCUUCUGGUCAAGAGUAGUUCUGACUUUGUGAGGAGGCAGGAAACGAGAAAAUCGUGGAGAUUUAAACCCAUUUCUGCGGCUUCUGCAAUUUGCUUUUAGUUUCCUAUUCUCAUUGGGCUCUCUUCCAACGCCAAAAGGGAGCAUCCCAAAACCAUAUUAACUUAUUUGUAGGUUUACAGGCUUUCAGAACAAUCAGCAAAGGAAAAGAAAGAAUUUUUGAAUGAGGGUUGUCUUGAUUGCAUCCAGAGUUUGAAUCGGUUUUCGAUUUUUUCCCCCAUUACAUUUGAGUUUUCUUCUAGUUUUUUUUCGGUUGAAGAAGGCCUUCUUCUGUUUUUUUUCUCGAAGAAGGCUCUUCUUCUCGUUUAUGUAUAUAUAAUUGUCGGAGGCGGAAAAAAGAGAGGAAGAUGAUUAGGUGCUGGACGUCUGCUGUGCAAUUGACAGAGCUGUUUAUAAGUAGUUUGGUGCAUUUGGCAUAUGGGUUUUACAUAUUUAGCACGGCUGUGGCAGGGGAUCUUUCUCAGGCUUUGAGUGAUUUGCUUUAUAAGCCUAAUGUAGACGCGUCUUUGAAACAAGAAGAAGGGGGAUCAAACGAGGCCACCACCAAUGCUGUUGAUCUUCCUCCUAUUGUCUUGGUUCAUGGGAUUUUUGGUUUCGGUAAAGGGAGAUUGGGAGGGUUGUCCUAUUUUGCCGGAGCGGAGAAAAAGGAUGAUAGGGUUCUUGUUCCUGAUUUAGGCUCAUUGACGAGCGUUUAUGACAGGGCCCGGGAAUUGUUCUAUUAUCUGAAAGGAGGGCAGGUUGAUUAUGGCGAAGAACAUAGCAAAGCUUGUGGUCACUCCCGAUUUGGAAGGAUUUAUGAAAAUGGGCACUAUCCUGAAUGGGACGAGGAUCACCCUGUUCACUUCGUAGGGCAUUCAGCUGGGGCGCAGGUUGUUCGGGUUUUACAGCAAAUGCUUGAAGAUAAGGCAUUCCCCGGCUAUGAAAACACUUCUGCAAACUGGGUUCUAAGCAUAACUGCCUUAUCAGGAGCAUUCAAUGGAACAACUAGGACUUACUUUGACGGAAUGCAACCAGAAAAUGGCAGGUCCUUGAAACCCAUCUGCUUGCUUCAGCUGUGCCGCAUAGGUGUUAUUAUUUAUGAUUGGUUCGACAUUCCGUGGCUGAAAGCCUAUUACAAUUUUGGUUUUGAUCACUUUAACAUGUCCUGGAGGAAGAUCGGCCUUUGGGGUCUUAUCGAUUGCCUCUUGGGGAAUGCCGGUCCAUUUGCAUCAGAAGAUUGGAUUCUUCCAGAUCUUACCCUGCAAGGCGCUAUCAGAUUGAACAGCCAUUUACAAACAUAUCCAAACACUUACUACUUCAGUUAUGCUACCAAACGAACUCGACAAUUCCUGGGUUAUACCAUUCCUUCUGGAAUAUUUGGUAUACAUCCUCUACUUUUUAUCAGAGUCCUGCAGAUGUGCCUUUGGCGGUACCCCACGGAUGUCCCUCCUCCUUACAAAGGUUAUAGGUGGGUCCUUGGCCAUAUUUUGUCUUCCCAUUUGACAUGGUUCUGAGUUUCUUCAGCAUUUGCUUGCGAAAAGGUUAGGAAGAAGCGAUAAAGGCUUAGUUUGAAGAAGAGGACAAUCUACAGAAAGAAAUUAUCUAACCUUAUAAAAAGUGUCUCAUCACAUAAAUCGUUAAAUAUUUUGUUACCAAUAAGGAUGUGGAUCUGCCGUUGUUUCCAGUAAGUUUCUUUACUUGUCUUUGCUUGAUGAGUUAUAUUUAUUUUAAAUGUAGGGAUGAAGAUUGGUGGGACAAUGAUGGUGCCCUUAACACCAUAUCAAUGACACACCCCCGAUUCCCUGUUGAACACCCAAGUUACCAUGUUGUCAAGGACUCAGAAUGCCAACCCUUGCAGCCGGGCAUCUGGUUUGUCACCAUCUCUUGUAACUUAUUAUUUUUCUUGGAAUGCAAUGGAUGUCUGUUUUCAAAUUGGGAUUCUCUUUUCAGUUGAGAAAACGUCCUGUCAUUUGAUGCUCUUCAUAUGAUUGUUUUUUGGCAUUAAAACCAACAUGCAAAUUCUCUACAUUUUCGGUACUUUUUGUUUUUGGAUCCAAGUUUUACAGUAUAUUAGUUAUUCAGCUUGGGACAUUCUUGCCUUCCACGCCAAGUUUUCAGAUGGUCUAAAUUCGAGAGUAUUUCGUUGCCCUGUUUUUUCACAUUGAAGUUUCUUUUAGCAUACUUCAUUUAUAGACUCCGUUUCCUUUCCUGUAGACAACUCUGAUCCUUUCCUGUAGAUAACUCUGAUUAUUACCUAACUUUUAUGAACUCUAUUUUAUUCUUGUUAUUAGCUAGUAAGCCUGAUCUUAGAGUUUCUUUCCACAUUUGAAAGAUCUCUGUUUACAUAUGUGAUUAUAGAAAAUUAAGUUGGAAAUUUCAUGCAGAUUUUGUUUUUGGAAUAAUCUUAGAUCAUAUAAUUCUGUGUGUCUGUCCAUCUGAAAUAGUUGUAACAUAGUAUGUGUGCACCAUGAAAAGAAUGCUGCAUGGUGACAUGCUCACUAUCAGAUUUUUUAAAUGAAUGGCCCCUGAAUUUCUUGUAGAUGUAAAAGUUUAAUAAAUGAGGUAUUUCUCGCCAGCUAGGGUAGAGACUAGUCAGUCUAUCGGGCGCUUUUUUUUUUAUUUUUUUUUAUUUUUUAUGCGGAGACUUUUCGGUGUAGGGAGUUCUUCAUAGUUUGUUAUUGCAUCAGCUUGAAACGAGUCAUCAGUUUAGAGCUAACUGAAUGUAUUCUGUGUUCGAUGUGCUAACACACUGGCGAGUGAUCUGAAUUACUUAUGUAAAGUAUUACUAUUUUGCCAAUGCAGGUAUUACAAGAUCAUUGAAGGCGAUCAUAUUCUUUUCAUUGUCAACCGGGAAAGAGCCGGAGUUCAUUUUGAUUUAAUAUACGACAGCAUUUUUGAACGCUGCAGGAAGCAUGCAUUUAGGAAAACACCUACAUUACCGGACCAUACACCGCAAUAGAUUGUAUAUGCUGCAAUUUCUGCUAUACAGCGAAGAUUCGUAGGCACAGGUAGAUAAACUUCUGAAAAUGUGAGUGGUAGUUUUCUCUCUUUCACACUUCUGCUCCUCCAUUUGACUGCAAAAGAUUAGUAUCCCACUAGUAGGUGGCUGUAAAUGUGAAUAAUUCUUGUUGAUGUUUUGGUCUUAGAAUGAAUAUCUGGGCUUCUUUACACUUAGUUUGUAGAGUUAAGAAAAGUGAUCUGCAGUACACAAUUAGCAUUUUUGGUGUUCUGCAGUUCAGAUGUCAUAGGAAAAGAAUGAAAGUGAUUAGGAAAAAUGAACAUUUGAUCAAUGAAAGCUGAAAUCCCAUCUGGAUUUCGGAAAUUCGGCAACCUUUUUUUUUUUAAUAAUUUUUACAAAGGAUAGUCCCCUAACUACCCACCCUUUCCCCUCAAACAUGAAGGCUGUGGAGUAAAGCCUGAUGCUAGACAAUGUGUGAUGUAAAAUGAUGGUGAAUUGACGUCAAGGACUGACCAAAUGAGGGCAGGACAAGGAGGAAGGAUCCUCAGGAAGUAAGCUAGUUUGACUCUCCCUAUACCCAAUGUAGUAUACUGCAUCAUCAUCACUCCAACUAGUGAAACCACGACAAACCUUAACGCUAUUGAAUUCAGAACAUACAAAAUCAAGCGACUUUCUCAGUAUUGUAAUAUUUAAUAUAUUUACUAUAGUAUCCUUGUUUAGGGUUUGUUAUUGUCUAUAUAUAGUCUGUGUAUUAUGCAUAACGACAUAUGAAUGAAAUACAAUUCUCCUAUUCUAACUUAGUACAGAGCUAGGGUUUUGUUUUGUUUUUUUUGGUCGGCCGUCUCUUCUUCCUUUUUCUUGCCGUCUGCCCUCUCCGCCGCCGACCGCCUUGUUCUCUUUAUUCAGCCGUUGCUGUUUCUUGCCGUGGCUGCUGCUUCCUGCUGUUAAUUCUGCUUCCUUGCUGCUUUCUUGUUGCUGCUGCUUUGCUGGUUUGCCGUGGUUGCUUUGUCCUUGUUGCCGUGGUUGCUUCCUUGCUGCUGCUGUUAUUUGCUGGUUUGCCUGAUCUUCCUGAUCUUCCUGCUGCUUUGUCCUUGUUGUCGUGGUUGCUUCCUUCCUGAUCUUUGCUGCGGCUGAUUUGCCGUCUGCCUCCUCUUUCCUUUCCAUCACCACCGCCGAUCCUCCUUUCUUCCUUCUCCUCCGUCGCACCUUCUCCCUUCUUCUCGGUGCCACCACAUCUUCUCUCCUUUCCUCUGGCCAAAUUUCAAUCAAUUCCCCAACAGCUCAAUUGAGCUUUAUUAAGUCUUGCGUGCCUGCUACUGAUCUUUGUUUGUUGUCGGUGUUGGUUUUUUUCAUUCGGCGGCCGCCUGAUUUUGCGUAAUAUUUGCUUAAGUGUUGCGUAGUAGUUUUGUGUUGCUGCUUGCUUACUUCCGAAGAUGACUAUCACCGACCUUUCAUCCACCGACCAGGCUACCCAUCUUCGGCCGGCGGCACCUCCUUCACUGACACCAGUCUCACUUCUUCAACCUAGUCUAUAGUCUCUCAAUCAUUCUUUUACUGUGAAACUGCAAUCUCGGGUCAACUAUUCCUCUUGGCGUUUUCAGUUUACUCCUCUAUUGACUAUGUUUUGUGUUGCCGGUAUUGUCGACGGCACUGAACCUACACCGCCACGUUUUCUUCCUUCCGUCAGUUGUGUCGCGCCCCAACUCAAUCCUGAGUUCGAUAUCUGGCAGCAAAAGGAUCAGCUGGUCCUCUCUUGGAUUCUUUCUUCUGUUGCUGAAGAGAUAUUUCCCGUUCUCCAGGGUUGCACAACGUCGGCGACAACAUUGACAGCUCUUCAGCAAGGUUUCGACACUCUUUCUUAUGCCCAACAGACCCAGCUUGUUAUGGAGCUCCAUAGCUUGCAAAAAGGUGACUUAUCGGUCAUGACUCUCGUCUCCAAAGCGAAGGGUAUCGCAGAUACACUGCAGCUUGCCGGCCAUCGCAUAUCUCCAGCGGAGUUCAAUGCCAUAAUCUUCCGCAAGCUUAGUGUCGAAUUCAAU